CAACACUUCGUGAUGACAACAUUAAAAAUGUCAAAAAAGUUUAAAACACAUAGCAUUUAAGCUACAAUUUUAGAUAUAUUAUUGAUAAUAACUAUGUGUAAGAUUAGUUUUUAAUUAGUUACAAAAAUCAUGAGUUCAGCUAAAGAUGAUGACGAUUAUUGGUAUGGCAGUGAUAAGAGAUCCUUUUGUUUUGAAAGUAAUGAGAGGGAGAAUUUGUUCGGAGUAUCAAAAUCAGGAACUGCACUUUUAAGAGCUGGAAUUUCUAAUAUACAAAUACCUGAAAACUAUUUAAAGAGUGACGAUCGUCAAUGGAAUUUAAAACCCUUGUUGUCCGUCAUCUCCGACAAAACGCUAAAUUAUAUAUUGACAGCGGACAAAGCUCAACAACAAAUGGAUGAAGUGAAUGGAAUUCAUCAGGAAAUAACUCUAAAAAAAAUUUUACAAGGACAAGUUGUUUCUUUGGAAUCUUAUAAAUCUCUGACAAGUAAAACUUCUCUAUUGGAUGCGGCUAUUGCCAGUGGCAAUGGAAAUGCUAUUCUAGGUAUAGUAUUGUUUAUUAUGAAGACAUUAAAAACGUCUUUAGCUCAAAAAUUGUUAAUGGAACGUCCAGAAGCAAUGAACGCUUAUCUGCAUUAUCUUUCUACAAGAUUGCAAAGAAAUGAGAUUACCGAUCUUCUAACCAUGCAAGGCCUGACUGUUGACGCAGCUAUUAGAGACUUGCAUCUUAUUAUUAAAAAUACAAGCAAUAAUGAAAGACUUUUGCAAAGACUUCGUAUUUGCCACAAGACACUAUUUAUGGACUUGCAGGAUUGUCCAGAAACUAAAUUUAUUGAAUUGUACAUAAAAUUGUUAGAAUGGCAGAUAGAUGUAAAAGACACUCAACUCAGUAAACGAUUGGAACUGAAUUCCUCGUUAUUAAAAUGUCUCGAGCACACUUGUCGAGAUCAUUGGGAUUCUUCCGAAGGGAAUUUAAUUUCACCAACAACGUUAUUAAAACAGCAUCAAAUUUCGCCUCGUCAAUAUGAAAAAGUUGCAUUAAAAACGCGAGCCUCCGAAGAAGCCUGGGAUGAUAUCGAUCGUUUACUUCAUACAAAGAGUUGGCUGGGCGGUAAAAAAUUCCAAACAUCUCUGCCAAUUGAAGAAAUAUUAAAGAUAUUACAGGACUGUAAAGCACCAACGCUAAUUUUAGAAAAAUUUCUCGGCUAUGUGGAUAAUGUGAAAAAACGUUUAGAUAUCGCCAAAAGUAUUCAGUGCUACAAAAGUGUCAUCGAUAUCCUCGUUUCCCAAGGAGAUAAAACGGCUCUUCUUGAAUACAAAGCAAGCCUUCAACCACAAUCAGAACAAUAUUUUUAUGCCGAGAAUUUUUUACACAAUCCAGGAACGAAAUGGCGAAAUUAAUCUCGAAAUUUUCUAAAAGGAAAAUUUUUCUAAAAAUUAAACUCUCGAAUCUCAAAUAAAAAAAGGAUUUUUUACCUACAAGAAAGAAAAUGAUUCAUUUAAGAAAAUGAAAAAUUUUGCAAUCAAAUUUUCCACAAAGAAAAAAUGUGUUGUACUCAAAUGCGCUUUUGUCUUUUAUAAAAAAUUUAUACAUUACUAAA